UUGAAAGAGCAGAAAGAUAAUCCUUGUUCUUUAUAAUAUUCCAAUCUACCUGGAAUUGCUUUGCACAGAACAUCCUCAAGAUGCCAAGGAGCAGUACCCUUGGCUUAUCCAAAGCCUAAAACUAAUGACUUGAACUACAAGAAAAUCAAUCUCAACAAGAAUUCUCUUCUUCUCCUCCUUUCUCACUUCACCCAUUUAAACACAUGAUGUCAAUCAUGUUGAACACAAGCAAAAACCUUUUGAAAUGGAGGCGUCCAAUUCAGGCAAAGAAAGCACAGCAGCAGAGAUUGUGUUCUUCGACUUGGAAACGACGGUGCCCAACAGAGGUAGGAAACGUUUCUGGGUAUUGGAGUUCGGAGCAAUUGUUGUUUGCCCGAAGAAACUUGUUGAGAUGGAGAGCUACAGCACGCUCAUAAGACCAAAAGAUUUGUCUGUUGUCUCGUUGAGGUCGGGAAGAUGUGAUGGGAUAACAAGGGCUGUUGUUGCAAAUGCGCCGGCUUUCGAAGAAGUUGCUGACAAGAUCUUCAGUAUUCUGAAUGGUAGGGUUUGGGCAGGACACAACAUCCAAAGAUUCGACUGCAUUCGCAUUAAGGAGGCCUUUGCUGAUAUUGGUCGGCCUGCCCCAUUGCCCGUUGGGAUGAUCGAUUCUUUAGGGGUCUUAACCGACAAGUUUGGGAGAAGAGCCGGCAAUAUGAAGAUGGCAACGUUGGCUGCUUACUUUGGGCUUGGGCAGCAAAAGCACAGAAGCCUAGACGAUGUUCGAAUGAACUUGGAGGUCCUCAAGCAUUGUGCAACAGUGCUCUUCUUGGAAUCAAGUCUCCCCAGCGUAUUGCAUGGCAAGUGGCAAGGCUCUCCCACAAUUAUGACGCGAAGUCGAUCAAAUACUGGAAAAUUGCCAUCCAGAGAAGAAAUAAGUAGCCGGAAAUCUCCCCCGACUUCUUCUGGAUAUCAGAGAACAGUUCCCUAUACAAGGAUGACAGAAACAGUGAGGGAUCUCUUGUGUAAAGCCCAAGGAAAACCCCUUAACAACCUCCUCAGGCAUUCUCAUACGCUGCUCCGAUGAGUCAGAGGAAGGUGGUCGAUCGCCGGCCAGUUUCGCAUCUGCAUAUAUAUGUAUAUAUAUAUGUCCGUCCGACGACGUCGUAUGUGAUUUGAGACAACAAGAAUUACACGUAAAAGACUGACAACGGUGGAAAAUAAGGGCUCGUUUUGAAUGCCUCCACGUCGUCCUUCGAUUUGACUCCAUGGCCAUUCCAUGCAAAUUGAAGAGAAUGCACGUGGAUGCUGUACAAAAAAAAACCAAUUCAUUUGUAUAUUCUUAAAUUAAUUGAUUAAUUAAUUAGUUUAUUCUUUUUAAAGCAAUUGUUCUUAUCCGGAUGCCACUUGGUUCCGUUUGUACGUAUACGUUUAUGUUCCUAA